GAGGUCUGUGCUAUACUUGUUCAAGCUUGUCGUUUAGUUCAGCAUAACCAGGAACAUCUUGUUAGCAAAGUUUGUCAACUUGUGCACUACUUGCUCAAUAGACUUCAGGUUACAGGCUGCAAAGAGCAAAGGGACAGCCAUUUACUGGUACUUGCCUGUGGUGCUUGCCAGGAAACCUUUAAGAUGCUGAGGUCAUUGUUGAUGAACAGAAUCUGGAUUUUCUUCUUGCCUUUUCCAUUUCUGCAUUGAAACAGUGUAGCUCAUGGACCCAUGCUGAUGUUCUACAUGCCUUAGCAGCUUUGGUUUACAACAAUGGAUCAAAAUGCCAGAAGUAUCUUAAUGAACUUUUGGGUCCUACUGGAAUUUUGGUUAAUCUUUGUGAUCCCAGUCAACCUGACCCAGAGUUAUGGAGAGAAGCUAUACACUGCAUGGCCAAUCUUUGCCUUGGUGUACCUGGGCACCCGUAUCUGGACGAACCAUAUAGAAUGACAUGUUUUAAAAACUUCCUUACUGUACUUCAGACUCCCAAACCUAAUAUUGUGGAUGACAUUGCAGUUUGCACACUGCUGCAAAAUGCUUUAAAAGGAAUACAGUCACUUUUAAAUGGUAGCAAGAUUAAAUUGUUGGAGACAGGUCAGCUUGGCUCACUACUUGCUGUACUUAAGAAAUACAUGUUUCACGGGCUUCCAGGGCUCAGUAUAGAAAUGCCCACAGUACUUUAUCCUACUCCACUUGCUCAGUAUGAUGGAAGGUCACCUACAAAACCUGAGCAACCAGAAGCAGCUGUGAAUCAGCCCACAUGGAGCAAGAAGAAAAGGAAAGCAGGCAAGCAAAAGAAAGGACACCAGGGAGAAGAAUCCAAAGAAGAAUUAAAAAAUGAAAUCGGAGCAGAAAUAAAUAAAGACUUAGAAAAAAUGAAAUUGUGUUCUGGCGAGGCACAACAUAGUCUUUACUUAGGACCUCAGAAAUCUCCUUUAGACCCUCACCAAGGACAAGUGGGGAAGGAUCAUUUCUCACCACAAGUUCAGAGAUACAAAAAAAUUAACAGCAGCGACUCUGAAUAUUCUGAUGCAGAAGGCAGUUUGCAGAAUAAAAUAAGGUCUUUCCAAGCCAAAGUUCGACAAGGUGCCUUAUCAUGCUUCCUAUCUACAAUAAAGUCCAUUGAGAAAAAAGUUCUUUAUGGUUAUUGGUCCGCCUUUGUUCCAGAUAUUUCUGGCAUAGGAAGUCCACAGUCUGUGUCUUUGAUGACGAUUGCACUUAAAGACAGUUCUCCAAAGACACGUGCAUGUGCUCUGCAAGUUCUCUCUGCCAUUUUAGAUGGGUCUAAACAGUUUCUCUCUGUUGCUGAUGAUGCAAGUGACCACAAGAGGGCAUUCACUCCUCUUUCUGUUACCCUUGCAUCAAGCAUCAGGGAGCUGCACAGAUGUUUACUUUUAGCAAUAGUAGCGGAGUCUUCUGCGCAAACUCUGACACAAAUUAUUAAGUGCCUUGCCAACCUAGUAUCCAAUGCACCAUAUCACAGACUGAAACCUGGAUUGCUCACUCGAGUUUGGAACCAAAUUAAACCUUAUAUCCGCAAUAAAGAUGUCAAUGUCCGUGUCUCGAGCCUCACCUUAUUAGGUGCCAUUGUAUCUGCCCAGGUGUCUUUACCUGAAGUGCAGCUUCUUUUACAACAACCAUUAUACUCGCUAUCACAAAAUAGCGGGUCUGCUACUCCAAGUGACCCUGAAAGUAAUAGAAAAGAAUCAAUGUUGGAAGGGGGAAAGAAAAAUGGCCUCCAUUCUGAACACUCCCAGUCUUGCUGGCUUAUACGACUGUGCAUCACACUAGUGGUUGAACCACGAGAAGACUCUUAUUCAGAUAGUGAACCCAGCUCCACACCAGCUGUCAUGUAUGAACCCUCUCCAGUACGAUUAGAAGCAUUGCAGGUAUUAGCAUGCCUUGUUAAGGGCUGUUUCAAUAUGGCACAAAGCUACCUAAUAGAACUUGGUGAGGUGGCCUGCAAGUGUAUGCAAGAGACAGACGCUUCAAUCCAGCUUCAUGGUGCAAAGCUUUUAGAAGAGCUAGGCACAGGGAUCGUUCAGCAGCAGAAACCAGAUUCUAUAGUUCCCAUAAAUCUGAUGGUUCCAAUUAAUCAGGCUGUAACAUUUUGGAAUAUGAUUUUAAAUGGCCCCUUGCCUGCAGCACUGCAAAAUGAACAGCAUCCUACUCUUCAGACAAGUGCCUGUGAUGCUUUGUCAUCGGUUUUGCCAGAAGCUUUCAGCAAUUUGCCAAAUGAUCGCCAGAUUCUUUGCAUAACCCUGUUGCUGGGUUUGAAUCACAGUGAGAAUCCACUAGUAAAAGCUGCAGCUGCCAGAGCACUUGGAGUUUAUAUUCUCUUUCCUUGCCUUCGGCAGGAUGUCAUGUUUGUGGCCGAUACGGCAAAUGCAAUUUUAAUGUGUCUCAGUGAUAGAUCUCCAAAUGUUCGAGCCAAGGCUGCCUGGUCUUUGGGAAACCUUACAGACAGUCUUAUUGUUAACAUGGAAGCAAUGGGACAAAGUUUCCAAGAGGAAUUUUCAGACAUGCUCCUGCUAAAAAUGCUUUGGGCAGCAACUGAAGCAUCCAAAGACAAAGAUAAGGUGAAGAGCAAUGCUGUUCGUGCCUUGGGAAAUCUGCUGCAUUUUUUGCAGCCUUAUCAUAUUGUAAAACCAAGGUUCUGUGAGAGCAUUGAAUGUGCUAUACAGGCUCUCGUUUCAACAGUUCUAGGAGAUGGUACCAUGAAGGUCAAAUGGAAUGCUUGCUAUGCAUUAGGGAAUGUGUUUAAAAAUACAGCCUUACCACUUGGGAAAGCUACAUGGACAGCGGCUGCUUACAAUGCUCUUACAACUGUUGUGAAGGCCUGUAAGAAUUUCAAGGUCCGCAUAAAAUCAGCAAUGGCUCUUUCCAUACCUUUUAGCAGAGAGCAAUAUGGAAGCACAGAACAAUAUUGUGAUAUUUGGAAUGCAUUGGUGACAGCACUGCAAAAGAGUGAGGAUACUGAAGACUUUCUGGAGUUUAAGUAUAGCGCUAGUUUACGUGAACAAAUUUGUCAGGCAUUGAUACAUUUGCUAAGCUUGGCCAGCCAGGAAGACUUGCCUAGAAUUAGGAAAACUCUGCUGGAGAAAGGGGAUUCAAUCAGAAAUUAUGUAUUGCAUUAUGUGAAAUCAGAAGUCCAAGGGGAUGAAUCACAGAGAGAACAUCAAGACAGAGGCAAAAUGCUUCAAAGAGCAAUAGAACAUAUAAGGGGUUUUGAGGAACUGCCUGGAAGCAAUAAAGGUCUCAUUGAAGUGGCUUAUUUUGAAGCCAUUUUAGUGAGCUGUGACAAAGAAAUGGAAGCAUUGUAACCAAUACUACAACUGCUGUCUUGAGCAAAGUCCUCCUCACAGAUUUCUUUAAAUAAUAGAGUUUAAAGUAAUUGUAAAGUCAUUUAUUUUUGUUUUCCUCUUAGAAUGAUUGAAAUAUUAACUAAAUACUAAAUAUCUUCCCUAAACUGCACAUUGUCGUUUUUUCAUGCAAACACGACUUGCUUUUAAAAAAUAACACAGUAUUUGGGUGUUCUAAAUAGCUCAUGUUAGAUCAGUGGGGCCCCAAAUUGUGGGGCUGGUCCUGCGAUUUGGGGCCUGGCAUUAAUAGUGCUUUAGGUAAUAAUUAGUCAGAAUGCCUAACAGCUCUUUUAAAUACUCCCAAGAGUCUCACUUAAGGUUAUUUUGAGUGAGCUUUGAGGUGAAUACUUAUAUUCUACCCUAGUUCUUGAAACUAUGGUUGACUAUGGUUGUUUUUAGAUUAUAGUAGAUCCUGAUAAAAGUAGAUUUCUCUUUUCCUAGCUCCUUUAUGAAAAGGAACUAUAGCAAGAAAGAUAUAUAUUUUAUAAUUGAACCAUUAUGCAUAUACCAGUCUUUCCCUGUUCACCUUUGUUUCCAUUUGCACAUUUUGCAUUGGUUUAAAUGACACAAACAGGAUACUAAGGCAAAAUCAAAUGUCUGUCUUUUUUGACGGCCUUAACUUAAUGACUGAUAUGUCGCAAUGAAAUGAACUCAAAGAGGAGGUUGAAUUACGCAGAUGAGCUAAUUAUAUGAGGUGAUCACUGAGCAGGGAGAAUUUUUAGUGCAGGUUCAGAGUCUAAACUCUGUAGGGGUUCAUUAUAAAACUGCUGAGAUGAGCACUUGGAAAAAAAUGUGCCUGAGCAGUCACCCAUAGCCUCUAUUUUCCUUCAUUUUUUUUAAAUACCCAUUUCAACACCUUGUACUAUUGUUAACUUACAUUAAAAAUGUGCAUUUUAGCUAA